UUGACAGGCAGUCGAGGUUGCAGCAGGCAGAGGGAGAGACGGUGGAAGGAAGGUAAAGCAGGGAGGCAGCAUCAUGGCGGACAGAGACAGUGGCAGUGACCACGGAGGGCCCACCGCAGGCCCCGGCUCGCUGCCCCCGGGUGCGAUGGGAGCCAUGUCCCGGCUGCAGCACGACACCGAGGAGCUCGCUUCCAAGCGGGUCGACAUUCAGAACAAACGCUUCUACCUUGACGUCAAGCAGAAUGUGAAAGGACGCUUCCUAAAGAUAGCCGAGGUCGGCGCUGGGGGGAACAAGAGCCGCCUCACGCUCUCCAUGUCGGUGGCCGUGGAGUUCCGCGAUUAUCUCGGGGACUUUAUCGAACAUUACGCCCAGCUGGGCCCGAGCAACCCCGACAUGGUGCAGGAUGAGCCCCGGCGGGCGCUCAAGAGCGAGUUUUUGGUGCGGGAGAAUCGGAAAUAUUACAUGGAUCUGAAGGAGAACCAGAGGGGGCGGUUCCUAAGGAUCCGGCAGACCGUUAACCGGGGGCCCGGGCUGGGAAGCUCGCAAGGCCAGACCAUUGCUCUGCCGGCGCAGGGUCUCAUCGAGUUCCGCGACGCUUUGGCCAAACUCAUCGACGACUACGGCGUGGACGAGGAGCCCGCCGAGCUCCCGGAGGGCACCUCGCUCACGGUGGACAACAAGCGCUUCUUCUUCGACGUGGGCUCCAACAAGUACGGCGUGUUCAUGCGGGUCAGCGAGGUGAAGCCCACGUACCGGAACUCCAUCACGGUUCCGUGCAAAGUGUGGUCCAAAUUCGGCAACACCUUCUGCAAAUACGCGGAGGAGAUGAGGAAGAUACAGGAGAGGAGUCGAGAGAAACGGGCCUCGGAACUGCUACCGGAGGGCCCGCACGGCGGAGAUGACGGCGACGAUGACUGACUUUUUUUUGGGACCGGAACCAAAACAGAACUCAUCUUAAUGUAAAGAGAGAAGAUCUCCAAGGGAAUCACACCCCUCACACAUACACACAAGGCACCGCAGACAUGGCAGCACCUCGGCUGUCUCCUCGCUCAUUUGACUGGAUGUCACCCACUUAUCCACCAUGUCACAGUAAGCGCUGCUAUCAAGGACUUUAACUGUAACAUUUCUACUUGAUUUCAGUGACAAUGAUCUCGCAGAAGAUUUUGCACACGUCAAAGCUAUUUGAACCCUUUUCAAAGUCAAGAAACGACACCGGAGCUCUAUUAGAAAUGACAGUCUGCUCAUAGAAUAUUUGACGCCGGCACAAAAAGAAACCAAAAUUGCAGACGAAAUAUGAAAGCGCUCUACAGAAAUAUACUCCAUAAUGACCGGGGCUGCCGGAUCCACACCCUGGUGGGCGCGUGGGUGCGAGGCAGCGACACGAAGAGUAAGCUGGACUGCUGCUGGCAGUCAGGGGAGGCCGGGCGUUCUUGACAUCAUAGUGGGAUGUUGAAACAGUAGCGACGACAAAGACGGAAAACCCGCAGAGGCUUCACGAUUUGUCAGAAGCUGUUCAAGAACGAGGUGGGGCAUCCUGUGCCCCUUUGGUAUCAGCGCAGGGCCAAGGCAGCAUAUCUCUUUAUGGUGCUAUUGCCCCAACAUUGCUCCUUUGCUCACCAUACAUCACAUAUGCAUUAUAGUCCCCCUCACCGCGUUGUGUUCAACAUCGUGUCAGGUUUCUCCCUCCCAGGCAGGCGUGGAGACACUGACCACAUGUUAGUGUGCAAUAUUCCAUGGCGUUGUGUCACGUGUACGGACACAAGGAGCAAACAGUACAUAGGUAUGUGGUUUAUAGAUAUUUUAAAAGCAUGAUAAUGUGCUUAACAACGUGAAGUCUUUUUUUUCCCCUCAUAGCUCGAAAGUAUUUUGGAUCAGUGUGUGGAGUUUGAUACCAUGAAGUCAUCCCACCCUCACAUUCACAUUGGGGUCUCACAAACACACACACACACACACACUCACAUACAGCGUUCCCCCCCUGCAAAGGCCUCAUGUUGCUUUUGGAGAGUUUGGGAGGCCUCUCUACAGUACUUUCAAUGAGGCCCACUGUCAUUAGAAUCCAGGAGUAGGCUCGGGGACCUCUCCUGAUCACAGGACCAAAAAAGAAGAAGGGAUUUGUCCUUUUAAACAACAACAAAAGUCAAUCUCAUUUUGCAGAAAAGGCCGAAGGUUUGUCUCGGAGUGCCGGUGAAAGGCCUGAUGAAGUGUGGCAAAUCACUGCAAGGGCUCAACGCUACGAACCUAGCAUGAUGGCUAAAAGACACAAUCGGAGGUUUAUUUUGUACACUUCCCCGUUAUUUGUUUGUUUCACAAGGUGCGUGGGACAGGAAAUUGUGUUCUACGACUGUGUCUAUGUAAGUUCUAUAGAGUUUGACUGAAACACAUACUUAUUACAGUGGAACCCCUUUAACUCAUCAAGUCCCGGUCCACCCAGAAUGCCCGCUUAAGUUGACUUUGACAUACACAGUUGAGCUCUUUUGUCAACCUAAAAGUUCUAUUUUAUAAUUUCUAUGAAAAAUGAUGUUGAUAUCAUUUGUAGGACUGCUCGCUAUCAUUAUAGAUUACGUCUUUUUGCGAAAGCAGAUUUCAGAUCAACAAUAACCGAUACCAUCAACUCUUCGGUUUUACUUCUUUGGUGGGCAGACGAUCUUUCGUGCGCCUUUCCCCAAUUAAAGGAGGGAAACUGUCAACAAAACUGCCGUAGGUUCCAAAAUCUUUUAUUAUCGCCCAUUCUCCUUUUGUCUCUGGCCAAACUCACGAGUAAAUGUUCAAGCAAUGGCUAUUUUGGGUUAUGUUGACAACCGCUUAAGUGUUUUGUUAUGUAUUGUGUUUUGUUACUGACAUCUGGAAAGAUCUAGAAUGAACCUGCAGUCGUGUAUGAGUCCUCCCUUUCGGGGAUUUAAAUGGGAAAUGCUAGUUUGUUCUCAGUUUUGGUUUAUCACCCAGCAGUAGCCGUCAUCACAGACUGCGGCGUUCCUUUUAUCUGUAUUGUGGAAGAUGUAUGUCUCAGAGCAUUGGAUGGAUCACAAGUGGCCUGCUCAGGUUAUCUUAAUGUACGAGGCGUUUUGCCUCCCGUCCAAGCAGGCUUCCUUUCUUUUCGUGCUCAAAGACUAGAUAGGAUCGGUCUAGUGUAAUCUAGCAUUAGUCUAGGAAGUGUCCGCAGGUGUCAAACUCAAGGCCCGGGGGCCAGAUUUGGCCAGCCGUAUCGUUUUAUGUGGCUCGCAAAAGCCAGGAAAUAACGCAUGCCAAAAAGACGCUUUUUUUUAUGAACUUUUUUUUAGCAUUAAAAAAAGUUGAUGAAUUAUAAUUGUUUCUUCUACUUUUUGACAAUUAUUUUAUGUAUUUAUAUUAUUUUACAUAAACACAGUAAAAAAAAUAAUUUCUUGCUAAAUACAGUAUAUUUGUUCUGUCAAUUUUGAAAGAAAAUUAGUACAAUUGGAGUCAAACCCCAUUUAAAAUGAAUUAUAUGAAUUCCAGCUGGGCAGCCCGACUUCUGAUUUCAUUGUAAGUACAUAAAUAAUGUAAGUAACCAAGCCGAUGUCUAUUAAUAUCAUGAAAUGAUUAGAAGUUAAUAUGGUUUCACGGUUACAGGCGGCCCUCUGAGGACAACCAUAACACAGAUGCCUCUGCGCUAGUCCGACUAGAGCGGUCCUAUCUAGUUUUUGAGCGACUAGACUAGAUAGAACAGCUGUAGUGUAGCCUGGGACAUUUUCUAGUCAUUAUGAGCUGUCCUAUCUAGUCCUUGAGCAUGAACUGAUGAAGCCUGCUGGGAUGAGAGCUGUCCUAAAAUGACUAGAGCAUGUCAUA